CACUUCUUCUUUUGACCUAUCCCGCUUUGUAUCGCGGUCCUCCUUCUCAACACUUCUAUUAUGCUCCUCCUUCCAAAAACACCCGCGGCGCCCACGUCAAGCACACAAAUUAACAGCCUUCAUGCUCACGUCAGGCCAUUUCAGCACUAUGUAACACCUGCUGCAGAGACACAUCACAAUUAGUAUUCCAGUAGCCUGCACCUCCUCCUCCUUUUAUAUCCUGAUCCAUCUCUUCCUCCUCUUUUUGUCUUCCUCUUCCUCUUCCCUUUAUAUCCUAAUCCUUCUCUUCCUCCACUUUGUCUUCCUCCUCCUCCUCUUCCUUUUAUAUCAUGAUCCGUCUCUUCUUCCUCUUCUUGUCUUCCUCCUCCUCUUCUUCCGUCUAUAUCCUAAUCCUUCUCUUCCUCCACUUUCUGUCUUCCUCGUUCUCCUUCUAUAUCCUGGGGCCCAUGUUUACCGUUUACCGUUUACCCAACUUUUUUCCCCCCUCGAAAGUUUUACAGGAGUCAAGGUUGAUUGGUGAUCUUCAGAACAGCAUGUGAAUAGUCUUUGGCCACUCAGCGAUGACUGAAGAUUGUCAGCUUUUAGUGGUGGGCGGGGACUUGAACCAUGGAUCCUUCAAGACACCACGCCUGCACACUGACCGCUCAGCCACCACCUCUCUGAGCAGUCUAAUCCAGAGAUACUGAGUGACUGCACGCUGGGUGCUUUAUGCACCAGUUAUUCAGUGAAGUUUUGCAAAUAAAGAAUCAAGCAUGGAAGAUGUUGAAGAUUUUGGAGGUUUUACCCCUGAAGAUUGUGAUCUAAGUUUGAAAGUGAAAAACUGCUUGGAACAGAUCAUAAAAGCAAGGCCUUCAAAUGCUGCCCCUAAAUUAAAGAAAAAGAUCCAAAGAAAUGGAAGGAAAUCAGGGAAAUCAUCUCUGUCUCAACUUUCCAAAGGCCAACCAGACCAGAUAAAUCUGUUGACCUCCUGGCAGGUGAGGGAACAGCACUCAUCUGACCCACCUCACACAGCGCUGGAUCAUGCCCAUUGGUUUGAGAAAGUCGUGGAAGAUUCUGGAGAUAAAAAUAAAAGCAUAGACCUCAGUUAUCGAUAUUACACAAAACUUGUAAAUUUGGAGAGCAGUGUAAAUGCGACAAUGUUCAUCAGUGAUUCAAAUAGGCUCACAAGCCAAUGCUUGUGGGAACAGCUUGUUCACCGAACCACAACCAGAGGUUCUACCAAGUGGUGGAUAGAGAAAACACUGACUUUAAGUCCUCUGUUCUGCUCCGUCACACAUCGAAAGGUCUGGGAAAGGACAGGCCUGAGGCGCCAAGGAGGGACAAGCUCUGCCACAGCAUAUCCCCUUAUCCACUGGCUGGGAAUCCUAGAGCAGCGCAAAGCAUGGGCAAGCCUUGGGCAGCCUAACCAAUCCCAGGAACUGAGGAAAGAAUGUGUCAAGUCCAUCCUGCUGCGACAUGGUGUCUUGACAAUAGAAGACAUAGUGAAGAUCAUUUGCAACUCUUUUGUCAUUCCACACUGUGCAGAACUUGGAGAACUGGUGUACCUGACGCUUUCAUCAUGCAAUAUAUUCUACAAGAGUCAGGAUCAAGAGGAAGGUAUAGCAGACUCAGAGCACCCCUUGGACUUAAGUCUCAUAACAAGGAAAGCUAAGAGAGUUCCAAAGCCAAGCCAGCAUUAUAAAAGAGCUUUAAGGACAGCAGCUUUGUAUGAAGGACUUAUAAAGGGUGAUCAGCUUCCUGAUCUUGAUUCACAGACAGAUAGUGAUGGUUUUGUGAGUGAAUCUGAGAUUACUGAAAUUGCCUGGGACUCAGCUCUUGUAUCUGACAUGCCUGAUGAACCACAGGGCCAAAGCUGGGGAAAAUUUGAAAAAGGUGAAGAACUAACUUUUGAAAAAAGUGAAGAACUAACAUUUGAUCAUUCUCAUCCUCCUCAGUCUCACAUAAAAACUGAACAUGAUCUGCUAGAUGAGGAAGAUAGCCAUGAUCAGUUUAGUGACAAUGAGCAGAACAAAGAAUAUUUAUCUUGGAGAAGCAGCCAUAUUGAAUCUCAAGAGGAACCGAGUGGUUGCUCGAAAACUCCGCCCUCCACAUGCUUUGAAAGUGUAACCAGUGAGACUUUUUCUUCAACUGAAACCAAUGUUUCGAUUUGUGAAGUUAAUCAGUUUUGGGACACUGAAGAAAUGCAAGUAUCAGAUGAAGAGGCUUUGUGCCAUGAGGAGAGCUAUGACGGUAGCACAAGUUUAAGCAGUGACAAAGGUAGUGAUCAAGAUGAAUCAAUGCUCUACAUAACAGAGGACACAAAUUCUAAAAUGUCAGAAAAGCAUAUCAGUAAUAUUGAUAAAGUAUCAAAAAAUCUCCCCAAUACCUUUGACUCCCCAUUCCUAAAGACUGUAAAACAGUUUGAGAAUAGUGAGUACAGGUGUCCUCUGUUUGCAAAAACAAGUUACUACAUAUCAUUUACUGAUAAGAUUUACCACCACUCUCUCCCAAACAAAAUAACUAUUGUUCCUCCAGCAACUUUGAAAUCUACAGAGGAUAUAGACUUAUUGGCAAACACCCGAGACGUAGCAGAGACACAACCAGAACGCUAUUCUAAUUGUAUUUCUGACAAAGAUCCAGGUAAAAAUCAUAGUACCAUUAGCUCUAAUGGUAGUGUUGAAGAGAUUACUCCCAAGACUGGUAAUUUUGAAAACUCAAAUGUGAGUGAAAAUGUAAAUAAUUAUCAUUCAUAUUUUCAAGAAAAAGUAAGAUUCGUUCCUGGAAGUCUGCAGGAUUCUUUAACCAAAGAACACAAAUCAUCCACCAAGCCAGUGAAUUACAUCUCUCAGUCUAUAUUGACUGACACUGUGGGGGAAAAGUUCCCUGAAAAGUUUCAAAAUAUGGAACCAACAUCCAACACAAAAUGCAACAGGUCCCCUCGUACUCAUGAAAGUCAAACAAACAGUAGAAGCUUGUUAAACACUGACAAUUUAUCUUUGGAGGACACGAAUCCUACUUCCUCUCGUGUAUCACCAAAAGAUUCAGUGAGACCAUUUUCAAAAGUCAAAGAGAUCAUGAAUAAUACAAGACAUCAUGCCUCUGCAUCUGUGGCAAGUUAUGGAUCUAAACGUAAACAACUCAGCUCAGCGGGAGAAGGUAAAGGGAGCUGUAAAUCCUUCCCAGCUGAAGGUCUUGCAUCAGAAACUGAACAGUGUGAGAAUAACCAAAGAAGUGGGUUCUCAAAGCAUCAGGAGGCUAGUGAAGGUUCAGAAAUUAAAAGCUCUCAGUCUUUAACUACACCAAAAGAUAUUACCAAAAUCUUGAGAAACUUUCGAAAUCAGAAAUACAUCCAUUCCCCUAGAAUGAAUUCCUCACCAUUCUUUUCCCUGAACAUAACUAAGAAAAAUUCCUGUGCUACCAAAGAGUUACAUGAGCAGAAACAGGCAAAAGAAAAUGUGAGAGAUGCUCAAGGUGGCAUUAUUCUGCAAGAUCACCAAAAAGAUGAAACAGCCAGACUCACAGACCAGAGAGGUAAAGCAAAGAUAUUCGCAGACCACAAAGAUGAAACAACCCAACUCACAACCCAGAAAGAUGGAACAACCCAACCCACAGACCACAGCACAUCCAAAACUUUAUCCGAGAUAUCAGUUUGUGAAACAGGUACAGAAAAUUUAUCUACAAUUGUCUCUGAUCCAGACUGCCAACCUGCAGAGAGGAAUCUUGAAGAAGAGAAUGGGGAUGAUUCAGAAUUAUGGACCAGAAACUCAUCAUAUCCUAGGUAUGAACACUCUUAUUCAAUAAACAUGAAUAAAUUGCCAAAUAAAAAGAAUAUUACUCAGGCUUCAGAAUCCAGUGUUUCAAAAUGUUGUUCUGUAGCACCUAAAAUAUUUCCACCAGCAGAAAAAUCCAGCAUGAUGCAGAGUCAAAAGACAGUCAAGGUCAGUGUGAAUACCUCAUCAAGACAGCAUGAAUCAAGCAGUCUCUCUGCCAUCUUGGCCUCAGAAGCUCCUAUCACAACCAAGCAUUUAUCAGUAUUCAAAAAUGGUAUUAUGAUCCAAGAUUAUUCAUCAGCCAAGGAAUUUGCAGAUUCACUGUUAGAAGAAAAUGAAUCAGACAGGUUUUGCAGUGCCCAAGCAUCAGAAACACCUAGCAUCGCCCAGCAUUUGAAAACACAAGAAAGCACAAAAACAUCAACUCUUAACAGGGUUCACAGUAACUUGACAACCAAGUCUCCUGUGGAUACACAUGAAGUCAGCAGAAGUUCAGAAGCACCCAGGGUAAUUCAUGGCCGUUUGAAAUCCACAGCCUCUGGAGAUUCAUCUGGAGGUCAAAAUGAACCAAUGAAACUUUGCACUACUCAGUCUGAAGAAAGUCCCUCCUUGGUUGAGCAUUUGGAAACCACUCAAGCUGACGAUAAUUCAGAGGCACCCGAUGUACUUCCAAACAAUGUGACAGCAACAGCAUUGGUGGACACAGUAACAGCAGAGCAGAGCAAACCAAAUGAUCCAGACAUUACCAAAGCUUCAAAAACCGCUAGUACAGUUGAACAUGGAGGAACAUAUGAAAUAAGCAGUAGUUCUGAGGCUUCUACUGGGACUCAGGAUCAUUUGACACCCUCGGCAUCUCAUUUCCGGAUCCCAAGCAUCUCGUCGAUUAAACAGGAAAGGUGUGAAAGCAUUGUAAAUUCAAAUCCACUGAAGAGACAACGAUGGAAAUCCUUUAAGCUAAGGGAUUACUAUGAGGAAGAUUAUAGACCUAAGAUUUGUAAGAAGAUGAAAACCAGCAGGGCAUCAAGACCAUCAAUUAUUAUUCGUGAAAACCAUCUGCAAAGGUUCAAGGAUCCGCUGUUGAAAGGGUGGAGGAGGGAAGUAGUGACUCGGGCAACGGGGAAUGCUGCCGCCCCCAACAAGGACAUCUACUACCACACUCCAGAUGGCAAGAAGUUGCGAUCAUCUAUAGAGAUUGCUAAAUACUUGGAAGAGAAUGGAAUCAUAGACUUCACCUUGGACAACUUCACCUUCUUCCGUCUUGCGCUGGGCUUUGGAGAACCAUAUGAAGCAAUUCGCAUGGCAACAUUGAGGCGGUUCUCCUUCCUUCAAGACCGUCCAAGGCACAGCCUAGUUACAACUCCACAAAGGAUCCCUCGAAGGCACCACUUGAUGGAUGCCAGGAACUCAAAAAACCUAACCAUUACAAGUGAAGACUGUUUGGUCAUUGACAAGACCCUCCCGAGUGACAGGUUCUGGGUGACCUGUUUUGAUGACCUCCACAACACCAUGGAGACAGAUAUUAUUGAGAUUGUAAAUGAGAAUGGAGAAUUGACAGGCUAUGAAGAGUGGGCCCCGGAUAGCACAUCAGAGGUGAAUCAGAAUGUUACAGUUAAAUGUAAAGAUUCUUCAUCCCUAUCAGAGAGCUUAGCCACAACCACUACAAUUAGCAUCACCCGUACAAAUGACGCAGCCACUACAACCAACACAACUACUACUGCCACUGGUAGCAUAAACACUGCAAAUAGCACUGCCAGCUUACCCAGUGCUCUCACUACACCUAUCAUAGCCAAUUCACCUCAUAGCAAUACCAUUACAUCUAUCAUGUCAAUGGACUCUAAUAGUUUGAGUCAAGUGCCUGAGCCUACACCUCCCAAUAUAACCACCACAUCUACCAUAACCACUCCAACUGCCAUCACCAUUCCUAUGUGUGGUAGUAUGACCCCUGAACCCCUUAACUUAAGCACAAUUUCUAACAUAGCCUCCAGACCAGCCAGUUUGAUCAAUACAUCUGGGCUAACCACUACGCCUCACACCAUAACCCCCAUGUCCAGCAGUAUAAACCCUACUCCUACUAAUGCAACUGUUACCCAGGACAGCAUUAUUAAACAGAACAACCCCAAUGCUACAUCUGUAAACACCACCCCGGCAUACCCAAAACUUGUACCAAGAAGUUCCUCCACACACAUUAUCACAGUGCCAGACAUGACAUCCACUAUCUCUGCCAUGUCAACUCUAAACACCUCCUCUUCACACACCCACAUUUAUACUUCUCCAGUUGUUCAUUCAGCACCUCAUAAGGCUCAUAAUGUAAGGGAACCCAAGCAGAUCCUUCAACCUAGAAUUGUCAAUGUCUACAAGCCAGCUGAUGCACAGAGACUGUUUAACAUGCUUGAUUCUCCUGCUGACUCUGAAAAGCUAAACAGUGGUUCUCAGAAAGCCAACAGCAGAACCUUCACCCCUCCUUUGCAUCCUCCAAAAAAUAUGCAGAACAGAACCACUGCAGCAACAUCCUGCAGCACACAGACCUGCAUUCCAUCUGGCAAUCGUAAGGAAUCUGAUGAAGAGGACCAACAUGAUUUUACUUACAUUAUCCCAAGCUCUGCAAUGAACAAAGAUAACCUGAAAAAAGUCCGAGUUAAGAGCAAGAGUUUGUCACUAAACAACUAUUGGUGCGUAACUCAGAAGCCCUAUCUAUCAGAUAAGGAUAGUCAGCAGUCAACUUUGGCUGCUAGUAAAACACAGUACUCUUCAACUUACUGUGUCAGUCAGCAGCAGCAAUCUUCAGUCAUGGCUAACAGGCAACAAUCAUCUUCAGUUUUAGAGAGCAGCUUCAACAAUCAGCAGUCAGCUCCAAUUUUGGAUAAUCCACAGGAUCCGACUCCAAUCUUGAGAAAUCAAUAUACAUCAUCUUUGGCAAUGAAGUGGGGGGAACAGCCAUAUUCAGUGAUGGACAACAAGCAACAGCCAACUCCAGUCUUGAGUAACAGGCUGGAGCAAGCUCAAGUCAUGAGUAACAGGCAGCAGCAAAGUCAAGUCUUAGGUAACAUCCAACAGCAAACUCAAGGCUUGGGUAGCAGGCAGCAGCAAACUCCAGUCAUUAGUAACAGGGAACAGCAAACUCAACUCUUGGGAAACAGGCAGCAGCAAACUCAACUCUUGGGAAACAGGCAGCAGCAAACUCAACUCUUGGGAAACAGGCAGCAGCAAACUCAACUCUUGGGUAACAGGCAACAGCAAACUCAAGUCUUGGGAAACAGGCAGCAGCAAACUCAAGUCUUGGGAAACAGGCAGCAGCAAACUCCAGUCAUUAGUAACAAGCAACAGCAAACUCAAGUCAUUGGUAACAGCCAACAGCAAACUCAAGUCUUGGGAAACAGGCAGCAGCAAACUCAAGUCUUGGGUAACAGGCAACAGCAAGCUCAAGUCUUGGGAAACAGCCAGUGGCCAGCUCUUGUUAUGAGUAAUGGGCAGCAACCAACUUUUAUCAUAAGUAACAGGCUGCAGCCAACUCCAGUUGUGAGUCAAAGAAAACAGACAACUUUUAUCAUAAGUAACACCCAACAGCCAACUCCAGUCAUGAGCAUUAGGCAACAGUCAACUCCAGUCUUGAGUAACAGCCAGCAGCCAACUUCAGUCAUGAUUAACAGUCAGCAACCAACUUCAGUCAUGAGUAACAGCCAGCAGCCAACUCCAGUCAUGAGUAACAGCCAGCAGCCAACUUCAGUCAUGAUUAACAGUCAGCAACCAACUCCAGUAUUGAGUAACAGCCAGCAGCCAGCUUCAGUCAUGAUUAACAGUCAGCAACCAACUCCAGUCAUGAGUAACAGCCAGCAGCCAACUCCAGUCAUGAGUAACAGCCAGCAGCCAACUCCAGUCAUGAGUAACAGCCAACAGCCAACUCCAGUCAUGAGUAACAGCCAACAGCCAACUCCAGUCAUGAGUAACAGCCAACAGCCAACUCCAGUCAUGAGCAUUAGGCAACAGUCAAAUCCAGUCAUCAACAACAGACAGUCAUUGCUAAUCCCAGUAACUGACAGCAGACAGUACCAUCAAUCAUAUGCACCAACUUUAGCCACAGAUGAAAGGCAACAGUCACCUGCAGUUAUUGGCAAUUUGAAACGAGUAACUUAUAAUUUUGUAAAUGCAAAACAGUCAUCAUUAAUGAUUAACAAGCAGCAGACAACUCAAGCUGUGAACCAUAGGCAGCCAUCAACUUCACCUUUCUUUUGGAAGCAUGAGUCAACUCAAGUUACAAAUUGCUUCCAGCAAUCAUCUCCAAUCAUGAGCUAUGAUGAAGAGCCUGCUCCUAUUGUAAGUACAGUUAUUAGCAUGAAUAAGUCUGUGCCAAUCUCAAACUGCAGUCACCUGUCAACUCCAGUUUCAAGUCAUAAACACCAGACAGUCCAAACACCAAUCAUAACCACAACCAACUGUCCAGGAAUGACAGACAAUGGGUCACUUCUUCCCAUCAGUAAUGGUCAACCAGCAAUAGCACCAGCAAUCACAAAAAGUGUGGUGGAUCAGCAUGUGAAAAGCUCUUACCGUAAAUUUGUAAACAUAAAUACUGUCUGCCAGGUUGCUUCAACCUCUGAUGAAAGCCAUCAGGUGAUUUCAGAAAAUAGUGAUGUCUGCCAAACCUUUCCAAUAAUAAGUAAACUGUUUAAUACAGUUUCAGGUGAGACUCAUUCCCAGCAGAUAAAUGUGAAUUAUGCUCAGCAGGAAGUUCCAAAUAUUAUUAGUGCACCUGUGGCAUCAAAUAUGAGUAAUGACACUCAUACUGGUAAUAGAAGCAAUCAGGCAGGACGUGGAAGUAACACAACCAUUUUGAACACAAGCAAUCAGAUGGCAGUGGGUAUUAAGAAAUUUAAACAAACUGCAAGAAAAUCUACCAAAUCCAGCUUCAAGAAAAAGUCUUCACCUCAUAUUAAGCUAUUUGUUGAUGAUGGAUUAUUAUUUCUUGAUUCAGACACCCCCACAGUAGCUGUGAGAAACAGUGCCCCCAAAACUGAUGGUGACAUAAUGAUGGUGAGUGAGCAACCUUCCAGUGUACCACUCAACACUCCAGUAACUGUGGAAUCAUAUUUGAAUGAGACCUUAAGAACUUCUCCACAAUUACUGGUUGGAACUAGCAAAACAGACAGUCCCCAGAAUUUCAUUUGUCCUUUCUCUCUACCUCAUGGUCAAACUUCUAUGAAUGUAAACCUUAAGACACAGGAAGACCAUAACCAGGAAACUAAUAGUGAUAUGACCCGACAGUUUCCAGUGACAGAAAAUAACCAGAUGACUAAUAACACACUUGGUAAACCAGUAGUUAUUAGGCCUCCUCCCCCUCUGAAACUGAUCUCCCCACAAAUAGCAAGAAAAGUGAAGAGAGUUACCUGCCCCCCACUAACACCUAUAAGUGAAAUGCUAUCAAAAUUUCUUAGAGUUAACACAACUCCCAGCAUUAUCCCUGCAGCAUCAAGCCAAGCAAGUCUUAUAACCCAAAACAGUUCUAAUGUCCACUCCUUUGUACCAAGUCCAGCAUCAUUGUGCCAGACAUCUAGUGUUCCUCAAAAUCGUGCCAAUCCCUUCCUUCCAGUGCUGUCAGUACUAUCCAGUGCAGCAUCACAAAGCCAAACAUCUUCCAAUACUUCCCCAGACAGCUCCCAUAGUAUGUCCUAGAGCCAAGUACUGCAUCACUAAACAAUACUCUUACCUGUUCUUCCUAAAGCAGCUUUGUUGUCCAUGCUUCAGGUCAUGCCCAGAAUCAGGUCAUUGGGCUAAAAUUCUUCAUGCAUUUCCUAGAGCAACCCAUUGACUAUCUCUUAGUAUGUGCUCUGCUAAGAAUUGUAGCGUAGCAUUGCCAAGCCAGACAUUUUCUUUUUAUUCACCAACUCUGGUGUUCAACCAUCAGUACCUAGAUCCUCUCAAGAUAUGAACACUUUAGCUACUCUGUCAACUAUUCUCCGAUACUACAUCCUCACUUAGUCUGCUCCAAACCUCUGUUUCUCUGCGGGGAGCUAUAUUUUUUUAUGUCUCUCAAGCAUCUUCCUUUUCUCAAUUUUUUUGCUGUGUCCUCGUGUGUUGCUGGUGUUUUUUCCUUCUCUUAGUAGUAACUCCGCAUUAUCUACUUCUUCCAUUUUAUUCCAUAAUUUAUAAAUUUUUGUAUUAGGUCUCCCAUUUCUCUUCUUUGUACCGAUGUUGGCAAGUCCAUUUCCUUUAACCUUUCUUCAUAUAACGAUCCCUCUAAUUCUGGAACCAUUUUCGUUGCCAUCCUUUGUAUUCUUUCUAGUUUUUUUACAUGUUUCUUCUUAAGGGGAGACUACACAGUUUCUGCAUAUUCCAAUUUUGGUCUAAUCAUAGUGGUUAUCAUAUUUUUCAUCAUAUCUUUAUCCAUGUAAUGGAAUGCCAUUCCUAUACUUCUCACCAUUCUAUAUGUAUCUCCGAAUAUCCUAUUUACAUGACUCAUACUGUUGAUUAUCUUGUAUUGUCACUCCCAGAUCUCUCUCUUCUUGAACUUUUAUUAUUUCUCCAUCUCCCACUCUAUAUGUCCAUUUUGGUCUCCCUUCACUCUUUCCCAUUCACAUUGAACUCAUCUCCCAUAUCUGUGGUUAGUGUUAUUCCCCCUUCCUUCUUUGCAUUAUCAGGAAGUUGUAUCACUAAUGAUGAUGAACACAUAAAUUAUGAAGAUCUAGAAAAUGGGUGGAAGUAGUGAAAAUGCAAUUAUUCCUGUAAUAUAGCUCUGCUGAUGAUGCUUGAUCCUGUUUCUGGUUUUUAUUGCUGUAUUGUAACUACAAUUGUGUGACGAGACAACAGAGAAGUGUGUGUGUGAGAGUUAACAUCAAUCACAUAAUAUAUGCCUAUGACCUGGUCCCAUGUUACACCAACCAACAAUAUGAAUUUUUUUGACCUCUUGAUAAAAAAUAUAAAAUGUACAGCUUAAAAAAUACCAAACAAAACUGGAGCUUUUAGUAAUUGUACAAUUGCAGUGGAAAUUACUGUUUUAUUAUUAUUCUACACAGAAUGUCAUGCAUUAUUACACUACAUAUUAACCUGUAUUCAUACAAAAAUAUAAUUCCCUUUUUUUUUUUUUUUUUUUUUUUUUUUUUUAUUUAUUUUUUUUUUUAUAUUGCUUUCUAAACACUACUGAUUUACCCCUUACCAUUUCUUUAUCAUCUGAUUUGCCUUCAAUUAUUUACACAUCUGAAAUAUUUUUCCAUCCUCAGUCUUAUAUUUACAAACUAAAGCUGUUGCAUGUUCUGUUGUCAAAUCCUAUCAGUACUGUAUAAGCUUCUUCUUAUGCUAAGAUAAUGUGAAUACUUUUCACGCAAUAUUUAUAUUACCAACUACAUAAAACAAUCAUGACCUUACAUUAGUACAUUAGUACGCAUGGUCGACCCUCACCAUUAGGGUCGGGGGAAAGUGGAUAUGCAAAUUCAUGAAAUUGUAAGUAAUUUGUGCCCCCCAUUACCCCUAGUCAUACAUGACCACAAAAAUUUAAUGAAACCUAUUUUAAGUAAUUGAAAAUAUCAUAAAACAUCAGUCAAAAGGUGUACUAUCCUAUUGCACCUGGUUCUAGGUACAUUCAGGGUAGGGAAACCUUGCCAGUACUCCAGUGUUGGUCUUACAAGUAUGUUAUAAACCAUAUGUGUACAGCCAUGUAAAUCCAGUGUCCAUUUGACUUAGGAACUGGUGAUGUUUAUGGGCCGUAUUACAAGUCGAAUCCAAGAAUUUUCAGGUCCCUACAAAGGUCGGUUUAGGGGCCGUAUUACAAGUUCAAUAUGAAAAGUUUUGGGCCCCUACAGAGUUAUUCAUCCCAAACUCUGUAGGGACCCGAAACUUCUCGGAUUGGACUUGUAAUACAGCCCUGUGUGUGAUGGAAGUUUUUGUUUGUGGAGAGGGACACCGAAGUUUUUGUAAGACUGAACUGCUUCCAGCUGUAUAUCAUGGAUUGUGAACUUGUGAUGGAGAGGAUUGUGUGAGCUGAUAGUGGUCCCUUAACUAGGACUCACCUGACCCUGUAAAUCCUAUUAAAUGAAAGCUCAUGCAAUAACUGGAAAAAAGGAGUGCCAAAAUAGAAAUAAUAGUAAUGAUAAUGAUAGUAAUAAUUAUCAUAAUUAUAAUCUAAAAAGUGUGGCAUUUGUUGGUUUGAAAACUCUUGAACCCUGUACAAAAUGCAGGUUCCAUUGAAACUAACAUAUACUUUGUUUUGUUGUGCUUUUUAUAUUGACAUCUUGAUGAAACUAUGCGGCAGCAACAAAAUGUGUAGUAUAUUCUAAAAUGAAUUAGUCGUGGCAGCUUUGCUACAAACUGUUGUAUCUAUGCAGGUCCCAAAAGACUUUACUCAAAGCAAUUAUAUUUUGCUGAUGAAUAAAUGACUCCAAACUAAAAAGUCACUGCCAUUUAUUGAAAAGUAACUAAGUUUUGGAUGAAUGUUAACAUCUCUAUAUGAUAAAUCAAAAAUAUUUUGAAGCCUGAAAUGUUGCUCCAUGAUACAUGACACAGUACCUAGCUGUACAUAGUUUUGCACUUUUUUCAUUAAAAGUUUACUAUAUAU